AUCUCUCCCACGUUGGACUACAUUUCCCACCGGUCUGCGCGCGGCAUCUUUCCGGCUGCCUAGCGCCGGGCGGCUGAGAGAGGAAUCAGGAGUAGUAUGCCACAUUUGCUUUAUCCAUGAACAAACAAGGACUGCCUGCCAGCUGGCCAUGCUUUGCUUGUCUGAACCCCAGUUUUCCAUAGAAAAACAGUGAAGAGUCAACCAGCUUCUGCAGUUCUAACACUAUGGCCCUAGCCCAGGGUUCAGUGACGUUCAGGGAUGUGGCUGUGGAUUUCUCCCAGGAGGAAUGGGAGUUCCUGGACUCUGCUCAGAAGAGCCUGUACAGGGACGUGAUGUGGGAGAACUACAGCAACUUCCUCUCUCUGGCAGGACUGUCUAUUUCUAAGAGAGAUAUAAUUCUCUUACUGGAUGAAGACGGGAAGGAGCCUGAGGUAGUUGUGAAAGAAGGGAGAAAAAGAUAUUGUCCUGAUUUGGUGGCCAGAUUCAAGACCAAUACUUCAUCUGCAGACAAGGAUAUUUAUGGAAUAUAUUCAUUACAGUGGGAGUUGAUGGAGAAACUUAAAAGCCACAGCCCUCAAGUUUCUGGUCCUAGAGAUGAUUGGGAAUAUGAAAGCAAGGAUGAGCAACAAAAGGAACCACAGGAAGGUUAUUUUGGGCAGUUGAAAAUUACCUCUGAGAAAGGCACAUACAGAAAGCACCGUUUCCUUACCGAGUACCAGCAAGUGCAGAAUGGAGAAAAGUUCUAUGAAUGUAAAGAGUGCAGGAAAACCUUUAUCCGCCGCUCAACGCUUAGUCAGCACUUGAGAAUCCACACUGGUGAGAAACCUUACAAAUGCAAGGAAUGUGGGCAGCCCUUCAGACAGCGUGCACACCUUAUCCGACACCACAAACUCCACACAGGUGAGAAGCCGCAUGAGUGUAAGGAGUGUGGGAAGGCCUUCACAGUGCUCCAAGAACUCACUCAGCAUCAGCGGCUCCAUACCGGGGAAAAGCCAUAUGAAUGCAAGGAGUGUGGAAAGGCCUUCCGGGUGCAUCAGCAGCUGGCUCGGCACCAGAGGAUUCACACUGGGGAGAAGCCGUACGAGUGCAAGGACUGUGGCAAGACCUUCAGACAGUGUACACACCUUACCCGGCACCAGCGACUGCACACUUCCGAGAAGCUGUAUGACUGUAAGGAGUGUGGGAAAGCCUUCGUGUGCGGCCCAGACCUUCGAGUCCAUCAGAAGAUCCACUUCGGUGAGAAGCCCUAUGCUUGUAAGGACUGUGGCAAGUCCUUCAGGAUAUGCCAGCAGCUAACUGUCCAUCAGAGUAUCCACACUGGGGAGAAACCCUAUGAAUGUAAGGAAUGUGGGAAGGCCUUCAGGUUGAGGCAACAGCUUGUUCGCCAUCAGAGAAUCCAUACCCGUGAGAAGCCCUACGAAUGUCUAGAAUGUUGGAAGACCUUCAGUAGUUACUCCCAGCUGAUUUCACAUCAGAGCAUUCACGUUGGCGAGAGACCCUACGAGUGCGAAGAAUGUGGAAAAGCCUUCCGACUGUACUCCCAGCUCACUCAGCACCACAGCAUCCACACGGGCGAGAAGCCCUACAAGUGCAAAGAGUGUCGGAAACCUUUCCGGCUGCUCUCCCAGCUCACUCAGCACCAGAGCAUCCACACGGGCGAGAAGCCCUACGAGUGCAAGGAGUGUGGGAAGGCUUUCCGGCUCUACUCAUUUCUUUCUCAGCACCAGCGGAUCCACACCGGAGAGAAGCCCUACAAAUGUAAGGAGUGUAAGAAGGCCUUCAGACAGCACUCACACCUCACCCAGCAUCAGAAGAUCCACAGUGGGACUUAAGCAAAAUCUCAGUUCUGAGUUAGGUUGCAAAAUGUCAGGAAACCCAUUUUUGAGAAUAAUUUAUUUCAUGCUUAUAAGUAAGCAUAAGAAAGACUGUGAUGCUUUAAAAACUUUCCACUCUCACUUAAAUGUUACCUAUCUUCAGGAAAUUCCUAUGAAAGAAUAAUUUGAUGAAUGUAGGAAAAUCUUUAGCCUUAUCGGUCAUCAUCUCCAUCUGACUACACUCUUCCCAUUGUGAUACCGGACAGGAUACUCAAUAUUAAUGCCUUGUUUCCCUCACUGUCAGAAUGGUGAUGAUAGUAUCCAUACGUGUUAUUUAUUGUUAUGUAACAAAUUACUAGAAAGCAGUAGUUUAAAUAAUAUACACUUAGUAUCUAAAGAUUUCUAUAGAUCAAGAGUCCAGGCAAGCCUUAGUUGGGUCUUUGAAGUUGCAGCUGAGGCUGGCUUUCAUCUGAAGGCUUAACUAGAGAAGUACCCACAAUGAAGGCAACAGGUUAGACACCUGAAGCACCUGAAUUCUUUGAGAGCGGAUACAUUGAAGUCCUCAGUUUCUGGAUGGCUGUUGGCUGAGAGAUGAGUGAAGUUCCUGGCCACAUUGACCAGCCCAGUGUGGCUGCUGGUUUUUUUUUUUUUUGUUUUGUUUUGUUUUAAUUUUAGGUAAGGAAUAGACUAGGCUGGCCUUGAAUUCACAGAACUUCCUCUGCCUCUGAGUGCUGGGAUAAAAGGCUUGCGUUACCACUGCCCAGGGUAGCUGCUGUUUUAAUUGUGGAAUCCGAAAAAGGUGGUUGCUAGCAGGAUGGAAGUCAGCUAGCAAGACUGAAGUUAUAAUCUGUGUAACCUAGUCAAAAAUAUUCCACCAUUUUACCACCUUCUGCUGGUUAAAAAUAAGUUCUCACACUCAAGAAGAUCGCAUGAAGCUGAAGAUUACAAGACAGGGACCAGGGAUGGAAAUUAGAGCCCACCUGCUGUACUGCAUAAAAGAAUUGAUUUAAGAAUGAAGUAGCUAAGACUUGACAGAGAGCAGUCAUGGUAGCAUGCAUCCCUUAAGUGAUGUCCAUGAUUGUUGGCAAUAUUGUCAGUUCCUAUAAAAGGAAGAUGAUUCUAUGGAAGUAAUACAUGUAGAAAUGCUUCUUUUUACGUCUCUGCAGUUACAAACCUCAGAGUAAUCUCUUCAAGGUAAGAUCUAGGAGGUUAUAGUAAUUGGGAGAUUUUUGUCACUUCAUGAUGAAGAGACUGAAUUUCACGAAUGUGGGUUGUUAAAACUUAACCAUUAAAGAAUCAGAGAAAAUGACAUCUUCAAAUUUAAAAAAAAAAAAGCAGAUCAUUUAGAAUCCCUUCUCUGACGAGAUUCAGGAUGAGUCACACAAUCUCAAGGAUAGCAUUAAAGACAAGUAGCCACCUGGGGAUUUGGCUUUUAUGCAUACACAUGUGUAAAGACUGGGGCUGGAGAAGGGGCCUGGUGGUUGAAGUCCAUGCUGUGUGAGCACGAAGACCCAAGUUUGGAUCCCAGAACCCAUGUUAAAUGCCAGGUAGAUGUAGUUGCUCACCUGUGGUUCCAGCCUUUGGAGAUAGAGCCUGGAUGUUCAAAGCAAGUUGGCUAGUAAGACCAUAUUUGGCACAUCGCUGAGCUCUGGGUUGGAUUAAGAGACCCUGCCCAGUACAUACAGUGGAAGAGUAGUCAAAGAUUGCUUCUCAAAUAACCUAGGACCUCCACAUGCACCUGUGUGCAUAUUCACUACUCACAUGAGCCCACACACAUGCAAAUGCAUACCUCAUUCACACAAAUAUUAAAAAGUUUUACAAUCAGUAUACCUUUUGUUACUCGGGUUGCUGCAUUUUCAACCUGUGUUUCAAGCUGGACCUUUAAUUAUCGUGUUUAUGACUGCACAAUCCAGUCAGCAGUAGAUGAUGGUAGGACACCAACUCAUCGUUUUAGUUAGAAAUUUAUUUAUUUAUUGAGACAGAGUCUUAGCAUGUAGACCAGGCUGGCCCAGAACUCAGAGAUCUGUUUGCCUCUGCCCUCAAGUGCUGAGAUGAAAGCAUAUGCCACCAUGCCUGGCUAACAUCAUCUUAAAUUAGCAGAGGAAAGCAAAAUGAACAUUUAUUUUUCUUUUCCAUGUGAACCACUUUUCAGUGCCAACAAAUCUUCAUCAAAUUCAGGUUUUUUUUUUCCCUAAACAGAUUUCACCAGUAAAUGCUGAAAAACAGAGAAUAGGGGAGGGUGUCACCAUUUUCUAGACUCUAGGGGAAUAGUGGGUUCAGAAAAUGAACUUCAGUGAAUACUGGAUUUUUGUUGUUGUUUUUUUUUGUUUUUUUUUUUUUGAGACGGGUUUUUCUAUGUAGCCUUAACUGUCUUGGAACACGCUCUGUAGAACAAGCUGGUCUUGAAUUAACCGAGAUCCACAUGCUUCUGCCUCCCAACUGCUGGGGCUAAAGGCGUGCGCCAUCACCACCUGGCUGAAUACUAGGAUUUUUAUGUGAAAGACUGUGUGAGCACUUCUGAUCCCUUCAUUGGCUUUGACUUCAAUAAAACUGACUGUCGGACAAUAGCCACCUCCUGAUAGGGGCAGCAUGCCUGCCAAGGUCAGCUAAGGUACCUGGAAUGGGGGUCCUUAAGACCAAAGGAUGUCAGAUGAAAGAAACUGAGACAUAAGACACCGGAUAGAAUCGGGAGGUCUGUUUGGUAGUCGGUUGAUCCAACAAGCAGCCAAACAGCCGAGAGUUUAUUUUAGAAUUUGCUUAUAUGCAAAGGCAGAACUAAGCACAGCACAGUCAGUAUCCAACCACAAGACCAUUCCUGUCCUUGAGUGAGCAGCCUCCUACCUAACCUGCACUUGCUGCUCGGAAGCAGCCUCACUUUCUACCUUGAUGUUCCUGAGGUUUGUGUCAGUAGAAUACUUUCUUCUAGGUAGAGUAUUCUUAUGGGCAAAAUGCUCUUUUCCCAUGGGCCAAAUCAGAACUCUCUCACAACCCUCACGGUUAUUGGAAAAAGAAGAGCAGACAAGUUUGAACUCAAAUGACUCAGAAUGAACUCCAGAUAGAAACUGAGUCACACAUGAACUCCCUCAACUUUUCAAGUUCUUGAAAAUCAAGAGCUCCAGGAAUGGAUGGGAAGAGCAGAUUCAGCACAAAGAAUUUUGACCAAAGUUUUUCUCAGAACAACUUACCGGAAUUCUACAGCUUUGUG